GAAGAUACCGAAGAAGAACCAUACAGCGAUUAACAUGGCUGACACAAAGGGAGCAGAUGAAACUACUCCAGGAGUUUUGCAGGAAAUGUUCACGUCUCCGUUGAAUUUGAGUCUGCUUGGCCUCUGCAUAUUUCUUUUGUACAAAAUAUUCCGCGGAGACACGCCUGCAGAUAUGGGCGAGGUUGAGGAACCUCUGCCUAAAUUCAAGAAAAGAGAUUUCACGUUAGCGGAGCUACAACCGUACGAUGGCCUGCAAAAUCCAAGAAUUCUUAUGUCUGUCAAUUCAAAGGUGUUCGAUGUUACCAGAGGAAAGACAUUCUAUGGUCCAGAGGGUCCGUAUGGAGUGUUUGCUGGUAAAGAUGCCUCCAGGGGCCUGGCCACCUUCUGUCUGGAGAAGGAGGCCCUGAAAGAGACCUACGACGACCUCUCGGACCUCAACGCCAUGCAACAGGAAAGCCUCAAUGAAUGGGAGACCCAGUUCACUCAAAAGUAUGACUACGUUGGGAAACUUCUGAAACCUGGAGAAGAACCCACAGAGUACACGGAUGACGAGGAGGUCAAGGACAAAAAGAUGGACUAGAACUCACGAAUGCACAAGGGAAAAUACAGAUGCCUUAAUUUUUCAGGAUAAUGUUAUGCAUAUUGCCUUCCGUUGCAGCCAUUGAGCGAAAUGCUUUCUCCUGUAUGGUUUUUGUAUUAUGUCAUUGUCAUGGACCACCUCUUAUGCUAAUUGCAUAUGCCAUUGACCUUCAUUAACCUAAAAUACACUUGAUUUUGGUAAAGGUUAGAAUAAUUAUUGAAUACUGUACUGUCUUUGAAGUUAUACAGGUAGUAUUAGUUGUAAUGUAGAGGCUGUUGGAGGAUCUAUUACUGUAGCUCAGUGUUCAUUUUGGCUCUCUAGAUGGUCAUUUUGACUAAAAUAUUGCCUUAGUCACGUUUUUGUCAUUUGUAUAAUCAUUAAGUCUAGUUAUUGUCAAUUCUAGAAACAGUUGGCCAUUUUAGUCAACUAAAUGCUCUUUCGUUUUAGUCACAUCACAUUUGUAUUGCCUCAACCUAUAGUAAACAUAAAUAACUGACUUUCAUGUGUACAAAUCUAUAUAUACUUUUCCUACCAACAUUUUUCUGCAUAACAUAUUCCCAACAGCAAAAAUAUGACUAACAUAUGUAACAGUUAUCUGGGUGUGUAAAUUCCUAAUUGAGCCUACAUGAUAUUGAGCAUUGCAUGCAAAACAGACACACACAAGCGCAGAGAGGGUGUGUAACACAAUCACCAGAUGAUGCCGCAAAGUAAUAUGGGUUGGUUGCUCCUCCGCCACUUGGUUGUGUCAUUUCUGUUAUCAACGUUCCACUGCCACAUUGAUGUCCAAAUGUAGAACGGGCUAAUGACUAUUUCACCCAGUGAUAUCGUCAAGUCACUCAACCUCAAGUUCGGCUCGAGUCCGAAUCACCAGUGGUCGAGUCCUGGUCCAAGUGUUUGAGUCACUGGGUCCACAUUAACUCAACGUUAUUAACCCAAUCAGAUAUAUAGUGUAGUGGCAAGAUGGAUUUAGUGAACUUGUUUGCUACUCAUUUACCAUUAUUUUUGUGCCAUUGAAUGUUUGGUAGUGUUACCGGGUCCACUUUAAUUUUCAAAGCAUUCUUGAAUGUUACAAAUAGAAAUUCCAUUAGUCAACGUUAUUUCUUAUUCAGCAUGUCAGAGGCAUUUUUGUUCUACCUAGCCUAUUUUUAUCUGAAUGUUGACCUGCUGGACACGCCCUAGUUUGUUGGCUAUAACUAGCUAUUGAAGUAACAUCACUGAAGGUGUAGCCUUAACAAAUGGUUAAAGGUCUGGUCUGCAAGUAGCCUAGUUUUAAGAACGGCCGCUUUGGUUUAAUGAAUGUAAAAUGCCAAACAAUAGAAAAAUGUUGCGCCGGUAUUAAGGGUCAUAUCUUUUGAACAGUAAUGGCUAGAAUCAAGUAGUUUUCUCUGAGGAAAAGAGAUUUGGCUAGUACGUUGGCUUCAGAACCUGGCUAUAAAAUGCAGUGGGAGAAGUGGGAGGGUUGAGCGAGACCACAAAUUCAAAAAUGUUUCUAUACUCAAGGGAGAGAUACAUAGCUCGACAGUUUUACUAUUAUACUUAAUGCUGCUAUUCUUUUAUUUUUGUAAAGCUUCUUGUGUUUGUUAACCAGGCAAAGGGUAUCUUACUAGAAGGCUGGUGGGGACUUGUUAGCUAUGGGGACGCAAGAGAGUCAUCUGUAUAAUCAGAGGCGGAGCCGAAGGAGCGUAUGUCUACCCACACUCAUUGCUUGUUCCCACGCAGCUCACCAGCUGAUGUAGGCUAGGCUGUGUUUGGUGGAUGUGGAGCAUCCUUCCCAGUGCAGUAUAGAACUGCCCUGAGCAUCUGUGCUGCAAAUAUUAAUUGUGCGUAUCACUGAAAAGCUCUCAAUCUUUCCAGAAACUCUUGUCCAAUCCAUGUAGUAGUCAGAUUAUAGUCCCACUUUAGUCAACUAAAAUGAAAAAUCACAUUUGUUUAGUUUGUUUUUUUCAGGGUCUCUUUAGUCAGUUAAAGUAUUGUCAAUUGCCACUGAAAAAUAGGUGUUUGAAUAUUUGAAUCACUAUUUUUGUUGAUGAAAUUAACAGCUGUAGCUUGAUAUGAAUUUAUUUCCUUUUUGUAAUCUUUGACCACAGAUUUUCAAUUACACAGAAGAUGAUAAUGUUCUAUCACCAUUUUUUUUAUUUUUUUUUAUUUUUGAGUAUUCAUUAAAGUAUCCAUAAAAAAUGUC